CAGUUAUAUUUGCAGGGAACUAGAAAGAGUAUGCAUUCGAAUGCUAUAUAAUGUGCACGCUUUCACAACCUGUAUUCAAUAUCAACAACAACAGACAGAAUACAAAUUGAAAUAUGGACAACAACUAGCACAAACUGGGCCAGGCUCGCCGGAAGAACAAUGGCCGUCACUCCCAGGUCCGAAGUUAUUGACGACUAUAUCGCAAUUUAUUAAAAUGGUUGAAAUCGCUGGUAUGGCUUGUAGGGAUGAGCAUCAACGACAGUCGAUUGCCGACGACUUUACAAUGAGGAGAGUAUCGCUUUGUAUGUUUAGAGACCUUCUCUCUGGAUCCAAAGGUGGACCUUGGAUUUAUCUAGCACGGACGGGAUACCGACGCUUGAGGAUACAGACCUCAUUAUAUUUUGGCAAAACUACUUGUCGACGGAGUCUAAUGCUAACAAAGAUUCUAGUUGCGCUAAAGUUGCAGUGUGUGAGAUCUAUGCCCUUCAAGAAAAGGCCAAGGCAUUUCGUAUACAGUCGUCUCCAAGACUCGUGUUGAGGCAAUGAUCAACUCAGGCUAUAUCUAUCACACCCAAGUAUCGCUACUAUGGAAGUCAGCAUCGUCGACUAUAACCAGCCCUCUCCAAUUUCUAUUUUGAUUUGAGAGUGAGAUUAAACGGACCUGUUCAUAAGUAAGUUAGGACAGGUGUCGAGUCCAAGUACACCGGUCGCAUUCGCGAACCCGGCGAAACAAGGGCUCGGCUCGGAAAUUUCAAAUUUACUGGACUCUCGUAGCAACGCUAGAAAUUGGAAGGAUUAACCAAUGUCAAUAAAGAGUGUGUGAAUACUAAAGACA